ACCAACAUUAAACCAGAGAAGAAGAAGAAGCUGAAGAAGAGCAGGAAACCAGUGCGGACCAUGUCCACCCGGGCUCUGAGGAGGCUGAAAGGGAAGCAGCGAGGUCAGGAGGCCCUGGAGGAGGAGGUGACUCUGGGAGACGGAUCCGAGGAGCAGCAGCAGGCUGCGGCUGAAGAGGAGCAGCUGGACGAGGCUACUGUUUCUAGUGUUUCUCCUCCGGCUAAAGCCAGCAGCAGAAAGGCCAAGAAAAACAAGGCUCAGAAGAACUUCAGCAACAUCUAUGAGCUGAUAGGUGAUGCAGACAAUGAAGCAGAGAAAAUCUCACCUGAUGAAGAGGCGGAGAAACCAGAUGGAAAUAAAACAAGUGGCACGGAAAAGAAUGAUAACAGAGACAUUGAGAAACCAGAUCAAAAGCAAGAGGAAGCAUCUACAAAGUCUUUGUCUGGAGACAGAGUUAAAAAGAAGAAGAAAAAGAAGAAGACAAAAGUGACAUCAGAAGGUGGACAGGAAGCCGUACCAGAUGAUAACAUUGAUUUAUUGCUGGAGAGCCUGGAGCAGUCCAAUGGUCUGAGUUUGCAAAAUGAGGAUUGCGGAGGCUCCGACAGAAGAUCUGUGCUACAUGUGGAGCACAGGAACCUGAACCCAGAGACGGAGCUGAAGAGAUACUUUGGGGCUCGAGCUGUUCAAGGGGAUCAAAGACCUCGACAGAGAAACAGACAGUUUCAUCGUAGCACCUGGAUGACCAGUCCUAAGGACAGCUGGCCUCGCUUCAGCCGCCCAGGAAUCUCAAUGACCUUACUGCAGUCAAAGGACGGCAUUCAGUACUUCACCUUUGAGCACGGCCGGGACUACCAACAAGUACAGUUCAAGUUCCUGGAUGCGGUCGAGUCCAUGGAUCCGAACAACAUUGUGGCGUUGCUACAGCUCAACCCCUACCACAUUGAUUCCUUGCUGCAACUCUCGGAUGUCUGCCGCAUACAGGAGGAUCAGGAGAUGGCCAGGGACCUCAUCGAGAGGGCCAUGUACAGCUUUGAGUGCGCCUUUCACCCUUUAUUCAGUCUGACCUCAGGAACCAGCAGACUUGAUUAUCUGCGACCAGAGAACAGGGCAUUUUAUCUGGCGCUUUAUAAGCACAUGAUGUUCCUAGAGAAGAGAGGAUGCCCACGAACGGCUUUGGAGUACUGCAAACUGAUCCUGAGUUUGGACCCAGACGCUGACCCACUUUGCAUGCUCCUGCUCAUUGAUUUCCUGACGCUACGCUCUCGAGAGUACCAGUCUCUCCUCCAGUUACAUCAGGACUGGGAGGAGCACAGAAAUCUAUCCCAGCUGCCAAACUUUGCAUUCUCCACUGCACUUUGCCAUUUCCACCUCAGUCAGCUGGAAGAUGUGGAUCCUGAAGAAAGUGACAAAGAAAGAAACAAAGCUAACCAGAUGCUGCAGGACGCUCUCAUUAUGUUUCCUGGAGUCUUGAUUCCUCUGUUGGAUCUAUGUACCGUGCAGCCAGAUGCCACAGUCAGCUCACAUGCCUUCUUUGGCCCAAAGAGCCAGUUGGGGCAGCCCCCAGCCCUGGCUGAGCUGACCUCUCUGUAUGUGGGGAGGACUCACAGCCUGUGGAGGGAGGCAGCAGUAAUGCUGUGGUUGGAAGAGUCUGUGAAAGAGGUGCUGUGUCGAGUUGAUGCCAAAGACCCUCUGGUGGAGGACUGCCUAAACAAGAGAAAGCAGAGGUACCAGAGUGCACCAAGGAACAUCCAUCGUCACGUCCUCCUCUCUGAAAUCAAAGAAGCCACCUCAAGUCUGCCUCUAGAGGUGACCAGUCAGCCUGUGAUGGGCUUUGACCCUCUGCCUCCACUGGAUUCAGUGAUGUCGUACACCCGACCAGAGAGGCAGCACGUUGGUGCAACAAAUGAGAGCACGUUGUCGCUGUUUUUCCGGUCUUUGCUGCCAAAUUUCAACCUUCAGGGUGGACUGAGGCAGGAGGACGACAUGGAAGUGGCUCGAGCCGGACAGGAGCUGAACCAGGAGGUGAAUCGUUUAAUGGUGGCAAUGAGGGACAUGCUGGCAAACAUCAGGUUUCAAGAGCCACCGAGAGAGGACAACCCCUACAGAGACGAGGAGGAGUGGGACUGAUGGGACUGAGAGAGUAGACAGACAGAGGUGGAAAAAAAUGAUAAAUAUUUAAUUAUGUUGGUGGGUUUAUAAAAAUUAAGAAAAGAUAAAGUGAGACAACUGAAUAGUAUUUUUUUAAUUGUCACAAUUACAGAGUACUUAAGUUAAAGAAAGAGUGUUAGUGUCCACUUCUCUGCUUUAGUGGCACUGAUAAAAAUUACUUUGGGACAAUCCAGACAAAUACGAACAUGAGGAACUUUUCUUCCAGAGUCAUAAAAACAGAUUGGUUAGUUGAACCUGUCCUCUCGCUUAAGUUGACAGUAUAAUAAACAAUAAGCAGUUUCAACAUCUCCAGUCAUUGCAGCACUAAGGCAUAACGGGUGCCACUCUUCUUCCUCUGGUUUCCGGCUUUUAAAGUUUUUCAUGUUUACGAACAGUGGACUGGUUUAUGAAAUUAGAACAAAUUUGAAACAGUUCUUAUGAUGAGUGGAAGUUCUGUAUCACAAAUUCAAGAUUUAGCACAGCUUUUGCCACAGAAUCAGAAAGACAGUUUAUAUUCUCAUUGAUUUAUGGGCCGACAGCUUUUCGUCACAUAAUACGCAUCGUUUGGGAAAUCAGUUCGACACAUUGAAGUCCAUGUUAACAUUCAAUGGCUUAAAAAUGUAGAGGUGAAAACUGAAGGCUAAUUAAUCACGUUGAACACACCUGAUGCUUUACUUGAACAUGGAAAUAUUUAGUGGUUAAAUUCUGAGCCAGACAAGCAUUUUAAAUCUGUUCAAUCUGUUUUUAACCUCUUUCGUUCUGUGAUUUUGUUUGGUAAUAGCAAAUAUUCAGAAAGUCAUUACCCUCCCUUUAGAUCUCUAAACAUCUUUUUUAAAAAGAGACAGACUUGUAGUUCAUUUUUGACACCCACCCAAACAGUUUGGAGGUUAUGUUAAAUUUUUUAAAGGAUGCUAUGACCGUAAUCAUCUUGUACAGAUUUUAUUCAGAUGCGAAAAUGCAGGAUGAUCACCGCUCCGCCCGGCGUAAACUUUGCUAAGUGCUGGAAGCAUCAAUUAGUCCAAACUGAUAGAAGAGAUAACCGCACACUUAGAGAAAAACAAUAUGUUUAUGUACAACAAAUCAAAUAAAAAUCCAAUAUAUGUGAA